AUGCCGCCUCCAAUGAAACCGAGAGAAACCCUAAUCCGUGAAACAAAUCGGCCUUUGAUGGAGAAAAACGAAAACUUGCGGAGUCAUUUGCGUCGGUUUCUCUUCUCUCAAAUUGGUGAUGGUCGGGACACGAAUGCUUGGGAGGAUGCUUGGUUACCUUGUGGUCCUCUUUCCGCUUUUAUCUCUUACCGGUUUGUCCAUUCAUGUGGGUUCUCUACCUUAACGACGGUUCGUGAUCUUAUCAUAAGCUGGAAUGGUAAUUGGCCUGAUGAUUGGUGUCAACGGUUUGAUAUGCUUCAUAAUUCUCCGUUACCUUUAUUGACCUCUAUUCGUGAUAGAGUUCUAUGGGGGGACAAUUAUACUAUGUGUACGGAUUUUACAAUAGGUAAUGCUUGGGCUUCCUUAGAGGGUAAUUAUACUGUGAUCCCUUGGUCUAAAUUGGUAUGGUUCUCGGGUCAUAUUYCGAAGCAUGCAUUCUGUUUAUGGUUGGCUUGUCAGAGACGGCUUCCGACUCAAGACCGUCCACAUUGGAAGGAUGAACCACCAGAUUUGGAGUGUUCGCUUUGUGGUCAAUGUUUGGACAAUCAUGAUCAUUUAUUCUUUCAAUGUUCGUAUGCUGGAGUUGUAUGGACUAGUGUUUUACAUAUGGUGGAUCUGCGGGGUAUGCCUUCAAGGUGGGAACAGAUUGUACAAGUUAUUUCGAAGUCUAAUAGUUGUCCGAAAUUGUUAAAGCAGAAGCUUGCUGUGGCCGCGGCUGUUUACUAUAUUUGGCAGGAGCGUAAUAGAAGACUUUUUUCUGCGACUAAGCGUAUGGCUCAGGAUCUUAUUGCGGUUAUUAGGGAUUCUAUCUCCAUUCGUGCAGAUUGGUUGGCAAGUCGUCUUGUGCUUACUUAUGGUUGA